AAAAUAUUCUCGUUGCAGGCAGAUUUAGUGAUUCUUCAACCACCAACGCGGCGACAACUCGGGAAUAACUAUUUUAUAUUUGUACAACACGAGUCGAAACUCUAACCUCUGAGCUCCCAUUCUCCAAUGAGGGUGUGAUUGUUGUUCCUAUAAAAGAAUUAAUUGCGAUCUAUAAACAAUUUUUUUAAAUAAAAAAAAACAACAAAAACACAAUGCAACUUGCGAUAAUACUCACAUCCGGUUGCCUUUUGAUUCAAGUAAUGUAUCAUGGCGCCAUUGUUUCCGCCGCUGAAACCUCUACUCAGGAAUCCUUAAAAGAUGUACACAAUAAAACUAAUAACAUGUGGAAUACGACGGCAAAUGAUAUCCUCAAACGGGAUCUUUUUGUCAAUUAUAACAAAUUUGCCCAACCCCUAAAGAAUGGCAAUCCCACAAGUGUUGGUAUCGGCCUAGAAGUCCGUCAUAUAGACAUUGAUGAACUUAAAGGAAAGAUGACUGUCUAUGGUUGGAUUAAAAUGGUAUGGCAAGAUGAUAAAUUCAAAUGGAAAGCCUCAGAAUACAGUAAUAUUACCGCUAUGCAUGUUGCUGCUGAUGAUGUUUGGCGACCGGAUAUUGCCCUAUUUAACAGUGCCACUGACCGUGACGACCAUCUUGGUGGAAGUCAGUUGAUAGUAGAAGAAAAUGGCAGUUUUUUGUGGGUUCCACCAGCGAUUUUUACAGCGUUUUGUAGCCUUAACUUCGAACUAUGGCCAUUCGAUACACAGAAUUGUCACUUGAAAAUCGGCUCCUGGUCAAUGGCCAAUAUUCAGUUGGAUGUCUAUGGCGAGAAGAAGUAUCCAAGCACUCAGGUUAAUUUGAUGGUUGAAAAUAAUGAAUGGGAAAUUCGAAAAGUCUCGACAACAUUCGAAACAAAUGACCAAUUCUACAAUUACGUCAGAUUUGACUUUCUGCUAGUUCGUCGGGCUGCUAUGUAUAAGGCUCUUAUUUUCACACCAGCAUCGUGCAUUAUCCUGAUGGUUCUUUCGAGCUUUUGGCUACCUCCUCAAAUGGGAGAAAAACUUCUCCUCAAUGGGAUUGUAACUGUUUUGAUUGCAGCCUUUCUCAUGUACUUUAGUCAACUUCUUCCUGUCCUGGCGCAAAGUACUCCCUUAGUUGUGUUGUUUUAUAGUAGCAGUUUAUUGCUGGUUAGUAUAUCAACAAUUAUAUCUGUGAUUGUACUCUACUUGUCGAGCGCCAAACAUCGUCGACGGGUACCGUCAUUCUUGAGAAACCUUCUCAACGGACCGUUGAGCUAUUUCUUGUUCUUAUCGCAUUUGAGUCCUGACAUCAUCGACCCACAGAGCAGCGCCCAGAAAGAAUUGACUGAACAGACUUCUGAUGGACCGUCUGGCUUUGAGGAUCAACAGAGUAUGUUUGCAGCCACAACGAGGUCAAUUCAAUUUGAUUGGAUCGUUUUGGCAACUGCUGUUGAUCGUAUAAUGUUUAUCAUUUAUUGUAUAGUCUUUAUCAUUCUUGCCAUUACAUAUUCUGUGUAGAGAUUUUUGUUUUCUUCUAA